AGAGAGAGAGAGAGAGAGAGAGAGAGAGAGAGCAGCAGCAGUAAACCGAGGACAGCUUCCUCUCCUCCAUACUACCUAACACCACCUCACUAUGCGUACUGCUCCGGGCUGCUGCUACUAGAAGCUCCAGGGCAGCUGAACCCCCCACGACCCCACAGGACCCCAUGACUUUGGUUCGGCCUGCCAGUGAGUAGGAGCUCUAUGCGGAUCAAGAGUUGAAGAAGGAGCAGCCGAGACUAGCGGUGAGCUAGUCGCACCACCUUCAGCUCUUCGCAGCGUCUCCCCCUCCCACCUCCCUCUUCCUCAGCCUCAUCCCGUCAUCCUCUGUCUCAACCCUUUCCUCCCGCUUCUUGUGGGAACCGCACGCCGCCGCCAUGUCUUUCUUGGCGUCUCCCGCCCCCUUCCUCCUCCUCCUCUUCCUCCUCCCGCUGCAUCCCUGCCAGGCGGAGUCCCAACGCAGCGACCCCAGCAGCGACCCCGAGUCCCGAGCCGUCUCGCCCUCCAUGUUCCCCUCCUCCUUCCCACCUUCCAUGUCUUACGGUAACGGCACCGGACCCGCCGUGAGAGACAAGUGCAAUGAGCCGACGGUGUGCCGGCCCGGCAUCAUUCUGCCCGUCUGGCAGCCCAACCGGCCCGGGCUCGGCGACCAGGUGGCCAGAGCUGUGGUCUACUUUGUGUCACUCAUGUACAUGUUCCUGGGAGUGUCCAUCAUCGCAGACCGCUUCAUGGCGUCCAUAGAGGUCAUCACGUCACAGGAGAAGGAGGUGACCAUCACCAUGCCUAACGGGGAAACAUCAGUGGCGACGGUUCGAAUCUGGAACGAAACGGUGUCCAAUCUGACUCUCAUGGCUCUCGGCUCCAGCGCUCCGGAGAUACUGCUGUCUGUUAUAGAGGUGUGCGGUCAUGAUUUCAAGGCUGGUGAGUUGGGACCAGGAACCAUCGUUGGAAGCGCCGCCUUCAACAUGUUUGUGAUCAUCUCGAUCUGCGUGUGGACGAUCCCCGAAGGCGAGACCCGCAAGAUCAAACACCUCAGGGUGUUCUUCAUCACUGCCUUCUGGAGCAUCUUCGCCUACAUUUGGCUCUACCUCAUCCUGUCUGUCAUGUCGCCGGGCGUCGUGGAGGUGUGGGAGGCCCUUGUGACCCUGCUGUACUUCCCAGUGUGUGUCGUCCUGGCUUGGAUCGCCGACCGCCGCCUGCUCUUCUACAAGUACAUGGGCAAGCGCUACCGUGCCGACAAGCGCCACGGCAUCGUCGUGGAGACUGAGGGAGACUUGACACCCAACAAGGGCGGCAUGGAGAUGAUCAUAGACGGCAAGUUCCCAUCGCGAGGGGGCGCCGUGGUCCCCGCCGAGAACUGUGGGGGCGGAACUCAGGACGGCACGGCUGGCGCUGCGACCAAUAACAUCGGUGCGGGGGGAAAACUGCCCAACUCCAACAGCACCAUGGUGAACUUGGAGAGCAGCAAGGAGCUGGACGAGAGCCGCAAAGAGGUGAUUCGUAUCCUGAAGGAGCUGAAGCAGAAAUAUCCGGACAAAGAGCUGGACCAGCUGGUGGAGCUGGCCAACUACUACGCACUGCUGCACCAGCAGAAGAGCAGAGCUUUCUACCGCAUACAGGCGACCCGUAUGAUGAUCGGAGCCGGUAACGUGCUGAAGAAGCACGCGGCCGACCAAGCUCGCCGCACAGCCGUAACCGACGAGGAAGCACCAGAAGAAGAAGAAGACCUGGGGAUAUGCAGCCGCAUCUCGUUUGAAAGCGCCCACAGUCAGUGCAUGGAGAACUGCGGCGUUCUGACGCUGGCUGUCGUCUGCCAAGGGGGUCUGGGAGAGAACGUCUUCUAUGUGGAUUACAGGACAGAGGACGGUUCAGCCAACGCCGGGUCGGAUUACGAGUACAGCGAAGGAACGCUGGUGUUCAAACCUGGAGAGACUCGCAGAGAGAUUAAGGUCGGUAUAAUCGACGAUGACAUAUUCGAAGAGGACGAGCACUUCUUUGUGCGCCUGCUGAAUCUGCGUGUCGGCGACGCUGAAGGGAUGUUCGAGAGCGACGAAGUGGGUGCUGCCCCUAAAGGUCGCUUGGUCGAGCCCCUGGUCGCUACGGUUACCAUCCUGGAUGACGACCACGCCGGCAUCUUCACAUUUAGCGAGCGCAUGGUGCGGGUGAGCGAAAGCGUGGGCACCAUGGAGGUGACGGUGGUGCGCAACUCAGGGGCCCGCGGCACCGUCAUCCUGCCGUACCGCAGCGAGUCAGGCACCGCCAAGACUGGGGAGGACUACGAGGACGCCCGAGGAGAGCUGGAGUUCAACAACGACCAGACCACUCAGACUUUCCAGGUGAGGAUAAUUGAUGAUGAAGAAUAUGAAAAACAUGAAAACUUCUUCAUCGUGUUGGAGGAGCCACGCUGGCUGAAGAGAGGAAUCUCAGCUCUGCUGCUCAACCAAGAGGGGGCGGAGGGGCAGAUGAGCGCCGAGGAAGAGGAGGCUCGGAGGAUAGCUGAGAUGGGGAAGCCCAUCCUGGGAGAGCACAGCCGCCUGGAGGUGGUCAUCGAGGAGUCGUACGAGUUCAAGAGCACUGUUGACAAGCUCAUUAAGAAGACCAACUUGGCGCUGGUGAUCGGCACUCACUCCUGGAGGGAACAGUUUGUGGAGGCGGUCACUGUCAGCGCAGGUGACGGCGACGAUGACGAGGAGGGUCGUGAAGAGCGCCUUCCGUCUUGUUACGACUACGUCAUGCAUUUCGUCACCGUCUUCUGGAAGGUUCUGUUUGCCUGCGUGCCGCCAACAGAGUACUGGAACGGCUGGGCCUGCUUCUUAGUCUCCAUCAGCAGCAUCGGCCUCCUCACCGCCUUCAUCGGAGAUUUGGCGUCACACUUCGGCUGCACCGUCGGGCUCAAGGACACCGUGACUGCCGUGGUGUUUGUGGCGUUGGGAACAUCUAUUCCAGACACCUUUGCUAGCAAAGUGGCCGCCAUACAGGACCAGCACGCCGACGCGUCCGUUGGUAACGUCACUGGUAGCAACGCCGUCAACGUCUUCCUGGGGAUCGGCGUGGCGUGGUCGGUGGCCGCCAUCUACUGGAGAAUCAAAGGGAAGGAGUUCAAGGUGGACCCGGGCUCGCUGGCCUUCUCCGUCACCCUCUUCACCAUCUUCGCUUUCAUCUGCAUGGGGGUGCUCCUGUUCAGACGCCGGCCCUCCAUCGGCGGGGAGCUCGGCGGCCCAAGGGGGGCCCGCAUCGUGACCAGCCUGCUGUUCCUGGGCCUGUGGUUCCUCUACAUCCUCUUCUCCAGCCUGGAGGCCUACUGCCACAUCAGCGGCUUUUAAAAAGGAGAUGGAGGAAUAUCGCACAACAACACACACAUACAGUUUACAGUCCACACAGUAUGACAUGAAACAAGAUUCAUCUGUUUGAUCGGGCUCACUGCAGCCUGGAAGUAUCCUGGUCUUUGAUGCAGGGAUACUAAAACACUUCAGAUACAUGUUCACACACACACACACACACACACACACACACACUAUAUGUAGGCAUGUGUAAACAGAUCAUAACACACACAGUUACAGGCAUGACGAAGGGCGAGAGGAAGUGUUAGCGAGGGGCGAGAAGUGUGAGUACAGAAAGGUUACUGCAGCAAAGUUUACAGAGAGAAAGAGAGUGAAGUUGAGAUGUUAGAGGUGAAAAGAAGGUCAGGUCAGCCAGGUAGGAUAAGACCACUGAAACCCGUUGCACACCGGACUAAAUCUAUCCAUCUGAGUUGCAUUGAAGGAACAACAACAAAACCUGUCCCCUCCUCUGUAUCGUCAUCUUUACUGGUACAUCUUCUUCACUGAGGAGGCGGAGCGCUGUGUGAAAAAAGGAGUGAAAUGUUUACAAUAACAUGAAGUUUGUUUACUACGGGAGGUGAUUUUUGUCUAAUACACUGUCUAGAUGAAGGCGCUCCACACGCGCUGUAAAUAGUAAAAGAACAGUGUACUGUACAUAUAGAGUGUAGUGUUUUCAGUAGGCAGACGCUGACAACCACUUACGAACUUUAGAGAGGGUUGAAAUAGGUAGCUACUAGUCUGUAUAGAAAGUCAAAUUACAGCGAAAAGAAAAGAAAAGAUGACAGUCAGGUCUCAAUGUUUUUAAAAUCCACUGGAAUGCCACAGAUCCUAAACAUUAGAAGAUAGUUCAAUGAUUGAGUGUUAGGCUCUGUUCAGACCUGGUAUUAACAUGCGUCCUGAGUUUACGAUCACAUUAGGGUGACCAGAUCCUGACAAACCCAAUAUGGGACAAAGAGUAUGUUUAUGUGGGACAAUGUGGGACAAUGUGGGACAAUGUGGGACAAUGUGGGACACGUUACCAAGGCUGAGAGGUAGUCUACAAUUUUGAUAUGUCUAUCUGACUUAAAUAAUAAGCAUUUCUAUUCUGCCCCUUAUCUUGUAACAUCUCUAUGCUUUGCCUGAAUGCAUCCAGAGAUCGGCAUGUCUCUUUUUGAGACGCACGUUUCUUGUGACACUCACAUGAACUGUGUCGCUUCAUGUCGUCGUGUGAAACUGAAAAAUAACUGGCAAAUUCCACAAAAAACUCAGAGAAUCACCUUCCACCAGCUUAUAAAUACUUAUAAGUAGUUUCACAGUCUUUGUUGUAGCUGCUCUUCUUUUUCUUUGCCGUAGUUUCCAUCAGUUUCCGUCUCGAGUGCGUUCACACCUGUACUUAGAGCUGUCCUCUUGUGAUCCGAUCACUCAGGACUCAUGUUAAUACCGGGUCUGAACAGGGCCAUACCUGAACAAACAAAUAGAUGAUACGCUGGUGAAAUAAAAGUUUAUAAAGAGCCAUACCUCUCCAGCAUCCUGCGUUCCAGUCAGGUGUGUCUCUUUACCGGACGGUUUCCAUGGUAACCUCUCUGACACAGACCUUUGUAUAUCAAACUGACAGAUUAUUUUUUUUUUUUUUGCAUGUAUAGCUAGAGCUAUCUUCACACAAUAAGUCACAAAUAUACUCUGUAAAAGGGAAUGAUCUGAAUCCACCUGUAAAUUACAUCCAUGCAUUUGUGUGUCAGCUGAUGUUAAAUGUUCCUGUGUGAAGCUGACAGGGAGGAGGAGGAGCGGCGUUUGGUUCUGAGAGGAACAAAAAGGACAUUUUCCUCCUCAGAAGGACCAAACGGAGUAUAAUGAAAACACACGUGGACGCUUCGUUCAAGGCUUUUUGCUCCUUCCAGAUGGACUCCAGUCAGUCGUCACCGUGUCAGACUAAUCCACUACUGCGGCAUGUAUCCUGACAGACUCAUCCUUUACCUUUUAGUGACAGCAGCACGGUCACACAGACAUGCAUGGAUGGCCCAACAGGACUCAACAGUGUUAGUUUACUUUCAAGAGUGAAAAGCCAGUAAAUUACAAUUUAAACUCAUCAGUCACAGUUAAAUUAGGACGCAGGAUGCCAGUCUGAUGCUUCAACAUGGCGCCCAUACAAUGCCUUAAGGACACCUCUCAAGUCAAAAUCUAGUAUUCGAGCUUUCAGCUGUACACAGCUGCACUUUAUCUGAUGUAACUAAAACAUAAUGUGUUUUACUUUAGUCGACAAACUAUUAGUGUGCAAUACAUGCAGGGAAAUUCACUGGAGGGAGUCUGUGAAUGGUUCAGCUGACUAACUGGAUCAUCAGGUGUCUUGUCCUGUGGGAAGGGACUGUUAUAAUGUGUCCCAUCCAUCUGAGCUUAGCGCACAGUACGAGUAUCAGACCUGCUAAAAAGGACUCUCCGUUUUAAUGGAGUCUGCACACUGUUUAAAAGAACUAACUGACUAUCAUCUAUCUAAUGUUCUCCAGACUUUGUUUACAGUCUGUAGGUCAGCAGCGGACAAUGCUUCGCUCUGCAGACAGCUGUGUCAUUGUAGCUUUAAAGGGGACGUAUCAUGCUCAUUUAAAGGUUCAUGCUUUCAUACUAGAACAUGUUUACAUGCUUUAAUGUUCAAAACACACAUUAUCUUUCUCUUACUCUCUGUCUGAAACGCUCCGUUUUAGCCAUAGACUGUAUAUAAGAAGUAGACGCAGUCACGACGUCACCCAUUCGUUUGUGGAUUACGGUUUUGAAGCUUAGAGUUCACCACUUUGUCCGUCGCCAACUUGUGAAACUAGAGGGUGAAGCUAAGUACAACCGAACACUGAAUAAAACACGACCAAAAUGUUACAAUUAACUUUCAUGAACUGCAAACACACCGUGAAAAAGUUAAAGGCCCAGACACAUCAAGCCGACGUCAAAGAACUAACAGCGAUGAAGGCCGACUGUUGUCACCUUUGUCUUGGCCAACAAGUUGUACUUGAACACACCGCAUGACGACAGCCGACGGCCAGUUAGCACAUACGUUCUGCAAACCGGAAGUUGACGCCUGGUUUUAGUGUCUGUUUCUUUAAGACCCCCCUCCAGAAAAAACCUGCUCUGAUUGGCUUGUGAGAAUCUGGUACUCCAGAUACCCAAAUGUGUGUGAACAAGCACUGGAAAAGUUCAUGAUAUGUCCUCUUUAAAUCAAAAGGCAGUUUCUAUAGUCACACUACCGUAGGCUGUUCUCAGUGCCCGUCAAGGCAUGUAUGUGCUGCUCAGUAUUGCACGUCAGAGUUGGAACAUGCAGUAAAAUGUUCACAAGCUACUGAAACUACUGGCGGCUAGAUAGACGGUAAAAUCAACUGCAAACCAGUGAAAGCUGCUGUGGCUUCUCAACACCGACACAUCAGGUUUAUCACGUUUAACACUGAGGAACAUAAAGCUGAGACGUCAGCGCAUGAAAACAAUGUCAUAGCAAACGUAGCGAGCAGUGUGCAGCGUCAUAGUACGAUAAUAAAAGUAGUUAAGCAACCUUUUUUCUACAUGAAGAAGAGUUAUAAUUACUGUAAUCUUCACUGCCUAAUAUCAGUCGCAUUAAAUGCAUUGGCUGCGUUACUAACAUUUCACCCACAGAUGAUGAAGUGCUAUACAAGUGGAGUUUAUUCUUACACAAAGAAAGAUUUGAUUCGUUUACCCUCGACUAACUAUUCUUUGUAAACUUUCUAAAACAGAUUUUGUAUCUUUUCCUUGCAGAUAUAGCCAAGGUAGAUUCUUUUGUACUUCUAAACGAUGUUUCAGAACAUCAUCAAUAUAUACGAUCAGUAGUUGUAGAUUACGUCGUUAGCGGAUUAGAUUUUGAUAUAUUUUCCACAGCGAGGAAGCUCCCCCUUUCAGAACAAACAGUGACGUGUCUCCUAACCAACAUAAUCCCAGCUAAUUUAAUGUUUGUGUUUUAUGUAUAAGAUUAUUUAUUUAGAUAUUUAUUUAUUUACGAGAUGAUUAUUUAUGUAUGGAUAAGGUGUGCCGCAGGUCCUUGAGACGAAAAACGAGUUCAAGGAGUGGAUGUGCAAUACAGAAAAACAAUUAACACAUUUUAUUUAGUUAGCAGCUGUGACGAAAGCUCAGUUCACUCAACUUUUUCUGCUCCAGUGUUCGUUGUAACCCUCCGCCGACGUACAUGUCUUCAUUCAGUUUUUGAGUGUAAGUAGCAUGUUUACAUGAAGAAACAGUGGGGAACAUUGCCAGUAUAAUUGUCAGUCUCGGGUGGAGCUAAAGAAGGAAGUGUUUUGUAGAUAUUAACGGUGGCUGUGAGGUUGUAACUAGUCUACUCACUAAACACACUCACAGGUCUGCUUGUGUGUUCUCUGACUGGGUGAGGAUGCAUCAGCAGCAGGUCGUGGCUCAGCACCCAAACACAGAACUGUCUACAAUGUCCGGACAAUGUUCCUUGUUUCCAUGAACUUCCGUACUAACUGUCUGGCUCCGGCCUUUGCUGUUCUGUAGCUAGAUGUGAUGCCUCCCCCCCAUCCAGCCUCUCCUCCUCACCCUCCCCGGUGUGUGUCUGUGUUUGCUUCCCCUCCGUGUUCCUCUGCAGAUGCAUGAUGAACCCCCGUGUACGUGUGUUAGCAGCAUGGUCUACUGUGAUGGACGCCUAUAGGCAUAUUUUACCGGGUUGAUCGCCCCACAGUUUGAAUCCCAAACACCAGAAACUCCAUACAGAUAGAAACACACUGAGAGAGACAGAGAGAGAGAGCAUCUACGGACUGCUGAUUUUCCCUUUUAGAAGCUGUGAAAAGAGAGCGUGCUCUGUCUGCAACGAGCAACAUCCCAGGUCAUCUUUUUGUUUGUUGGUGUACGAUAUUUCCGUGUCUGUGUUAGUGUUCCCCUUCCUCUUCCUCUUCUUCCUCUUCUUCCUCUUCCUCUCUUGUUGUCCCAUUCGCUCCCUCCCAGGUCUUGCUCUUCAAUGUGUCUCUGUGAAGUUUUUUCCUGUGAAAAAUUUCUCUCUCUGCCUGAAAACCUUUUAUAGGGAAAUAAUGACUGAGUUACUACUAUAUCAUGUGAUAGACAUAAACAUUUAUUCAAUACUGUACUAAAUUAUUAACUGAAGAUGAUGAAGUUUUUUUUUUAAUGAAAUGCAAAAGAAAAUUCUUUGGGAAAAAAAACGUGUUUUUGAGAACAUGGCAUGAGGUGUAAUGUGUUACUGAAAGAAAAAUUAAGGUCUUUAAUUAAUUGAAAUUGACCUUAUUUGAAUAUAGUUUAUUUAUUUUCAAGGCG